AUUUCAUUCGAACUUUUUCCAUUUUUACUUUGUUUUUUUUGUCUCGUUUUGUCAACUUUGGGGCUUUGAAAAUUCAGGUUUAUCAUUUAUUGCGAUCGGAACAUGGUGGUUUAGGGUUUAAUUCAUCAAAACCAAAACCCGUCUUUUGCAUUGAGUUGAAUUCAAUAUGGAUAUGGAGGUGGUCGGCGACGUAGCCUCGCUUGACGCCGAUUUACUUCAGCUUCCAGACCUUUCUCCGGCGGCACUCAAAUCCAAUCCCUACCUUGCCGACCAGCUCUUCUCGUUCUGGCUUUCGCUUCCGGAGACCUGUCGUGUGGUCAAGUCUUUGCUUGCUGAUGCGAAGUUGGGGACCUCGUCGAAUGUACUUGGGAAUUCUACUAGCAUAAAUGUUUCUCCAAACAAUUCAUUACCUUCCAUGUUUGCUGCUGCAAGUACUCCGCCACUUUCACCUCGUAGUUCCUCUGGUUCACCACGGGUUGUGAAACAGAGGGCCGGCCCCUCUUCUUUGGGUUCUCCACUAAAAAUAGUCAGUGAGCCCAUUAGAGAAGUCAUACCACAGUUUUACUUUAAAAAUGGCCGUCCACCUCCGUAUGAAAUGAAAGAAUGGUGUUUGUUUGAAAUCAAUGAUCACUUUAGUGGUCACAUGGAUGGACUACAAGUUCAUGAAUUUAAGUCAGUGACAAAAAAUAUUUGCAAGUUACCAUCCUUUUUGUCCACGGUUCUGUUUAGAAAAAUUGAUGUCAAUGGCACCGGUAUUGUUACAAGGGAUCAAUUUGUUGAUUACUGGAUUGGAGGCAACUUUUUGACUAUGGAUCUGACAACCUGUAUCUAUACAAUUCUAAAGCAACCUGGUUGCAGAUUCCUUUCUCAGCAAGAUUUCAAGCCUGUGCUGCGUGAGCUAUUGGCGUCUCACCCAGGACUAGAAUUUUUACAAAGUACCCCAGAAUUUCAGCAAAGAUAUGCUGAAACAGUCAUAUAUAGAAUAUUUUACAAUAUAAAUAGAUCAGGAACUGGUCGGUUGACCCUGAGGGAGUUGAAGCGUGGGAAUCUAAUUGCUGCAAUGCAGCACGUGGAUGAGGAAGAAGACAUUAACAAAGUCUUAAGGUACUUCUCUUAUGAACACUUCUACGUAAUAUAUUGCAAGUUUUGGGAGCUCGACACCGACCAUGAUUUUCUGAUUGACGAAGAGAAUCUCAUCAGAUAUGGUAACCAUGCUCUGACCUACCGGAUUAUUGAAAGAAUCUUUUCUCAGAUUCCAAGGGAAUUUACUAGCAAGGUUGAAGGGAAAAUGGGUUAUGAAGAUUUUGUCUACUUCAUACUAUCUGAGGAGGAUAAAUCUUCAGAACCUGGUCUGGAAUACUGGUUUAAAUGCAUUGAUUUGGAUGAAAAUGGGGUCCUCACACCUAAUGAAAUGCAGUUCUUCUAUGAGGAGCAGUUGCACCGGAUGGAAUGCAUGGCCCAAGAGCCAGUGCUCUUUGAAGAUAUCUUGUGCCAGAUUAUUGACAUGAUUUGUCCAGAGGAUGAGGGUUUCAUCACAUUACGUGACUUGAAAGGCUGCAAACUUUCUGGACAUGUUUUCAACAUUCUUUUCAAUCUCAAUAAGUUUAUUGCUUUUGAAAAUCGUGAUCCUUUUCUCAUACGCCAGGAGCGUGAAAAUCCAACUUUGACGGAGUGGGAUCGCUUUGCACAUAGAGAAUAUAUAAGGCUUUCCAUGGAAGAAGACGUCGAAGAUGCUUCAAAUGGAAGUGGGGAUAUCUGGGAUGAAUCAUUCGAGGCUCCCUUUUGAAACUAGUUAGGAGCUAAUCGAAGGCUGCACAUAUGCUGGGUGCAGAAGAACUGCCCCGAGACAUACUGAUAUUUGUCGAUGCCAAAAAGGUAUGCUGAUAUUAGUGCGACUGAAUUACCAUUGGUUUAUAGAUGUAACCCCUGAGAGCUUCUUUGGAGUAUAAUCCAUGGUAGGCGUUACAGGGCUGGCCAUUGCAGGCUACGGUAGUUCUUGGUGUCCAUAUUAUAAUAGUUACUGAAAUAAUACAAAUCAAAAUUUUGUUUAUAAAAUGUAAUUUUUUCCCCAGACUGAGACUUGUUUCUCCUCGGUAAAUUCUAAGUUGUUUAUAACUUCUGAAACUUUCCUUUAUAUUGGUUGUAUUGAUGUUUAUUUUGGUAAAUUCUUCCUGUACUCAAGUGCCUUUAUA